AUGGACUGCUGCAACUACGUCGAGGCUUACGCGGCAGGCAGCCACUUUUAUCAUCAACAACAGCACUACUUUUGCUAUGAUAACGCGAGCAACAACGAUUACGGUGGCUACGAGCCGCAGCCGAUCUCCACCGCGAUCGAAACUACGCCGCGAUACAACAACGGCACUCUGCCGCCCGCGUAUCCUCCAGACUACGUGUACAAUCCGAAGGAGGCGAGAAUGCGGAAGGCGAUGCGCGAACAGAGCCGCGAGCUGUCCAGACGAUCGAUCUUGCAGAGCGCGAUCGCUCGGGCGGGCGUGAUCGCGAACCCAUCGGCCGGCUUCCUGGAUCAUCAUCAGCACCGUUUCGGUUGCAUGUCCACGGCGAAUCUGCCGAUGAACUCCACGUCCGUGGAGCCGGACCGGGUCCCGGAACCGUGGUUCCAGUCGACGUCGCGCCCCAAGCCGAUUCACUCGCCCCGUAUGACCCCGAACGAUUGGUACGUCGGCAACGUGGCCGAUCCUAUCGAGAGACUGCAGAUAAUGGGCGCGAUGGCCCAUCAGCGUGGCCUCGACAAAUGCAAGGAUGCGAUGAGAAACCAGGCUGUGGCCACCGUUGCUGCUGAAUGCGGUGCAACUACGUUCUCCAACAACGGAUACACCGUCGACUUCGCCGACGUUAACCGGGAAAGGGAGCUACGCCGCCAGGAGAGUAUGGAGUACAGCGAAUUCCCCGAUGGCCAGAAGUGGCAUCCUUAUCAGAAUGGCGGAGGUGCUCACCAACAUCCUAGAACGUCUCAUCCUCCACAGAUGAGCAACAUUCUUCACCCAAACAUUCAGAGUCCAGGUUCACAGGGGCACGGAUCGUGGGGUCAAUUUUGCCACGGUAUGCUACCACACACUCCGCCUAUGCCUCGAAACGUUGGGAUUCGUGGACCACGACAUACAAUGUUGCUGCGGGAUCGUAUGCCUCCUGGGCACUGCGAAUUUCCCGAGGAAGCACCGCGGAUGGUCUAUCAUCCAAGUAAACUCGAUCUCGAGAACGUACGAGCGUCGUACACACCUUCCGAGCACCAGAUGCCAAGAUUACUCGAAACCUCGGUCAUGGACUCGGCGUCCGCGCUGAGGAUUCGCCGCGAGGAUGACGGGCCCAGGUGGGAGCCAAACGCUAUGAACAACAGAAUGUCUAUGGACAACUUAGCUCCAACAAGGGAGUGUAGCAUAUCGCGUGAAAAGGAGAGCGAGUCCCGUCGAUCGACUGCUGAACGAUUCGAGCCAAAGAAGAAGAUCGUCAGCAAGCAACCGUUGCCCGGCUUUCACCAGGCAUUCGGCUCGACGGAGAUCGGCAGGUUCUCCAGGUCGGAGUUCUUCGUGAACAUGGUGGGCGAGAGCGGCGGGAACGUGGACGUCGCCGACACGGAAACCACCAACGUAAGUACGGAUCGUAUGUCAGAGGUGAACGGAUCGGCAGUGACCACAGCUACGCACGACACAUCGGUGGUCACGACGACCGCGACGACGACCGUCAGGUCGUCGUUCGACGGCGACGACAACGAGGAGGCGAGUUUCGACGACUCGAGCAACGACCUCGUCGCACCGACGUCGAUGGGCAUGUACUGCGGCCAACCAAGCAUUCCUCGUUGGCAUAGUCCUCACGUAGGCGCUAUAGGUAGCGAAAUUUAAGCGAGUCUUUAAUCCUUUCGCGGGCUAACGCCACGUUUCUCCCAUUGAGAAGUCUGAACACUAUGGUUGCCGACUAUGGUUCUAGUCAUUUUCAAGAAAAAAAAAAAAAAAA